AUGGUUCCUCCGUUAGCCGAAUCAAUUUCUGAAGGCACACUCGCAAAAUGGAACAAAAAGACUGGUGAUUUCGUGAAACAGGAUGAGGAAAUUGUGACGAUAGAAACUGACAAGGUCGAUGCUCCAGUUAAUUCCCCAUAUUCUGGUAAAAUACUCGAAUUAUAUGCAAAUGAACAAGAUACCGUAGUUGUGGGUCAAGAUCUUUGCAAAGUGGAGUUGGGGGAUGCUCCUGCUUCUGAAUCAGAAGCGGACUCUUCAAAAGUGGAUUCUCCAAAAGAAACGCCAGAACCAGAACCAGUGUCAAAACAAAAGGAAGAUGCUCCUCCUUCAGAUGUGUCUCCUUUUGGUGAAAGAGAAGAUCGUGAAGAUGCAAUCCUCAAGAAACAUGGUAUCAAACUUGGAUUUAUGUCUGCAUUUGUAAAGGCAUCCAGUUUUGCACUCCAAGAAGUUCCAGCUGUCAAUGCAUCUAUAGCGGAGUCUGGUGAUACCAUCAUAUACAGGGACUACGUUGAUAUGAGUGUUGCAGUUGCUACACCAAAGGGACUUGUGACUCCUGUGAUUCGCAACGCCCACUUAUUAUCAUUUAUAGAAAUUGAAAAGGUUAUUGCUGAAUUAGAUGGGAAAAUGACCAUCGAAGAUAUGGCUGGGGGUACCUUCACUAUUUCUAAUGGUGGUGUAUUCGGCUCUCUUCUUGGGACUCCAAUUAUUAACUUGCCUCAGAGCGGGAUAUUAGGGAUGCAUGCCACGAAGGAUCGUCCCGUCGUAAUCAAUGGCAAACCUGGAUCUGUAUACGUUGCUUUUAAAAGAACCAAUCUCGAUGAAUAUCCUCUAGGAAGUUUUUCAAAUACUUUGAAAAUUGUAGUUAAGUAUUGUGAUUCUAACCCAAGUGAAGAAGACUACAAAGAUGAAUACUG